AUGCCGCGCAUAUAUACUAUAGCUGAUAGUUCGACAGUCGCAACCGACGAUGUCCCCGAUCGCUGUAAACUGGCUCACGUGCAAGUCGUUGUUCCUAUGCCCACCAAGCUGUUCGGUAAGCGGUGGAUAUCGCCGGUAAGGACGGUCGAACUGUCAUCUGAAGAUCGUUGUGGAGGCGCGUUUUGAGUAAAGUCGCUGUCAAGCACAGGUUCGCCCAUCACAGUAGUCAAAUAAAAAUUGGCCUACUUUCUUUUUGUUAUUGUUAAAAUUGGCAAGCUUGGAUGCAACUUUAUGCUCGCGGCUUUGAAAUUUCAAUCAAUCCGCUCAGAUCUAAAUCCGUUUUGUGCAUCGUGUCUUGAAUGGGAAAUUUGAGUGAUAUUGUUGUAGUCUUUAAACCCCAACAUUUUUUAAAACAGGCAGUCUCCGUCUAAUUAUUUCUGACUCUCCUAUUCACUGUUCCGCAUUAUUAAAAAUAAAUAUACUUGAGAUCCUUUAGCUAGUAUGGUAAAUCAUGCAGUAUGCGCAUAAUACUGACUGUCUGUUGAAGGUUUAUCAAUAUUACGCGGUUAUUCCACUAAGGUUGGUGGAUUGCGGCUCAACUAUUCAUAUCAACAUUCGGACGGAGCCUAGGAACAUUCAUCCCGAAUAAUUCACUCCAAGGUACGCGUUAACUUGUGAGGAGAACUGAAACUUCAGAGGUGGAGUAUCCACCAGAAAGAAGACGGAAAACGCUGAGAGACCUUUUGAUAACGGAACCCAUCGUAGCUGUGUUGUGCAACAACAGGAUAUCGGCGAAACAUGUAUCUGAGCUUUCAGCUAGUACCUAUGCUGUCAGUAUGAUAAAUCAAGCAUCGCGAGUUCGCUGUAGCCUGUUCGCUAUUUGCUCCUUCUACUUGACACUUUAUUUCAUCGAAAUCUUCAGUGGUUUGCUGGCAGACUUCUGCAAGGCGGGACAAAUCAACACAGCUCCGUUCUUAUGACAGAAAAUGCUUUUCAUUCGACCCAAAAGAUUUCCUGCGUGCCAAACCUUCCCAGUAUCCUCAUUAGUUCACUUUUUUCUCAUCAGAAACUUGAAAUGUAAGAAAAUACGCCACCUUCUUUACCUAAUAGCCUUCAUAAGAAAGGACGUGUUUAUGUUCAGUGGAACUGGAUUGUUGUUCGGCGGCUAUUUGUUUGCUGAAGACUUGGUUACAUCAGACGGUUCGAGUGAUGGUCAGGACGGAUUUUAAGAAAUGGGGCAAAUACAUCAGUCCGCUAAGAAGGCGGCUGCUGCACCCUCUUCCGGUAUAUUUCUUUUUAAUGAGGACAAGUUUGGUAUUCUUAUUGUAUACGGCCAUUGCGUACUAAUACGGUAAGAUAAACUCUUUAAUUGGAGAGCGGCCUAGGGGGAUGAAACGUGAUAAACUAAUUUAAACAUGGAUUUUUGGUCUGAUAUGCGAGUGCGCGAAUGCGAGGAGGAAGGGAAUGCUAAGUUAUCUAAGCAAGCCAGUUAAGAAUACAGUGAAAACCUGUCGGACGUGAUGGAAACUACUAUGUGCGGGACAGCAGUUUGACUUGUGUUAUCUCCAGACCAUAAUCGUGCGCAGUUGAAUAAGAGGUCACAAAAUUAUAUGACCUCAGUAAAUUCUUCAUGUUCCAUCGCUCCCCGCCCUAUUCAUAUUUAUGCGGGGAAAACAGUGCUUCAGUUUUCAAUGUAGCUAAAAGUGGGCGCGACGUAGUCAGUUUAUAACGCACAUUUGGAAUGAGUAGCUUUGAACAUGGUAAAAAUUAUGGAACAGGAUGCUGGCCACGGAUAUGACAAAUGUUUGUUGUAAACACAUCCGGGCUUCAGAGUGGGCGGGAAGUCAGUUAAUAGGUAUUUUUGUGGAAAUAAAAGUAAUAAUUAUUUUUCCAAAGACUGUCUCGAGCGCCCGUUGUCUGAGUCUUUUUGGUUGUCACCAGUUUACGCCCAAGCCAAAUGAGAAAAAACUACGAUAAAUUGAAAGGUUGAGAGACUCCGCGCCGAGGCCUCUUCGUGAGUUUAUUUAAACGCUACUUGGAAUAAGGUGCAAAUCGCUGUUAAGAAAGAUAGACAUGUUUUCAGUAAAAAUUUUGGACUCCUUUAGGCAACUCUUAUAGAACAGUGAAUUUACUUGCCUGAAUACUUUUUUUCUCUCGAGAAUUGCAUGAUUUGUUGACAGUUAUGAGGAGGUACAAAUCGUGCAUUUUUCGGCUGCCCUGAUUUGUUUCUACGGAAUCAGUUUACGAGGGGGAGAUGAAAGCAGGCAUACAACACGGCUGUGACCUAAGACUCUACCUUUCACGCGCUGUAAACCUCGAACGCGCAGGCUAAACAUUGGUUUUAAACAACUGUGUCCAAAAAUACUCACGGUUACUUAUUUGUGCAUUCCACUUGUGAUGCGACUUUUCGACUGACAGCCCUGUUCACGUGUGCAGUCCUCCGGUAGUGCGUACGUGGUCUACCAGAAAUUGAUGCUAUUUUUGGCGGUGUAAUGAAUCCUAACUGCUUGUUCACCCCUCAGCCUCUAACAGCUUCAUCAGAAAACGGUAGCUUUAUAGGCACCAAAAAUAGACUCACCGACGCAUCGCGCGCAAUUUCCUCCACGAACUCAAGCUUAGCCUAAAAGCCUUCCGCCCCCUCCCCCCUGUCCGGUUACAUGCGCACUUACUGAGGCUUUGGUCCUAAAAAGAUUUAAUCAACUAAAAGUAUGCCACUGCCCGUUCUUCAAAGGACUUCAAGCCGCUUGCCGACAUUUUAUUUCGGGUACUUCUUUGGGCUAACUUUAGAAAUUUUUUUCUGUGUCCUUCAUGAUGAAAAUCCUGAUUCGCCGAGCAGUAAAAUGCAAAUUUCAUCCAUGUGACUGGUUUUGGGGCGAAGGGUGGUGAGCAAAUGCUCACUUACAGAAGAAGAAGAAGAUGAUGAUAAUGAUGAUGACGAUGAUGAUGACGAUGAUGAUGAUGAUGAUGAUGAUGAUGAUGAUGAUGAUGAUGAUGAUGAAAGUGUUUGA